CGGCGCGGAGCGGCCGCAGGGCAUGCCAGCCGCCUGCCCCGAUGUUUCACUGGAGCAAGUGGAAGAAGAGGAUGGGAGCGAGCGCGUCCUCCUCCAAGAGACCCGUCUUCGACGAGCGGGAGGACGUGAACUUUGACCACUUCCAGAUUCUCCGGGCGAUUGGGAAGGGAAGCUUUGGCAAGGUGUGCAUCGUGCAGAAGAGAGACACGGAGAAGAUGUAUGCCAUGAAGUACAUGAACAAGCAGCAGUGCAUUGAGAGGGACGAGGUGCGCAACGUGUUCAGAGAGCUGGAGAUCCUGCAGGAGAUUGAGCACGUGUUCCUGGUGAACCUCUGGUACUCCUUCCAGGACGAGGAGGACAUGUUCAUGGUGGUGGACCUGCUUCUGGGUGGUGAUCUGCGCUAUCACCUGCAGCAGAAUGUUCAGUUUACUGAGGAGACGGUGAAACUCUACAUCUGUGAGAUGGCUCUGGCUCUCGACUACCUGCGGAGCCAGCACAUCAUCCACAGAGAUGUAAAACCAGACAACAUCCUCCUUGAUGAGCAAGGUCAUGCCCAUUUAACAGAUUUUAAUAUUGCAACAAUAAUUAGGGACGGUGAAAGAGCGACUGCGUUGGCUGGGACAAAGCCCUACAUGGCCCCAGAGAUUUUCCAUUCCUUCCUGAACGGCGGGACGGGCUAUUCCUUCGAGGUGGACUGGUGGUCUCUUGGAGUCAUGGCUUACGAGCUGCUGCGAGGCUGGAGGCCUUAUGACAUCCACUCCAACAACCCCGUGGAGUCCCUGGUACAGCUCUUCAGCACUGUCAGUGUUCAGUACUCCUCGGCCUGGUCCAAAGAGAUGGUUGCACUGCUGCGGAAGCUGCUGACAGUGAACCCUGAGCAUCGCUUCUCCUGCCUGGGUGAUAUCCAGGCCUCGACGUACUUGUCUGGUGUGGUCUGGAGCGACGUCUGCGGGAAGCGCGUGGAGCCAGGCUUCGUCCCCAAUAAGGGCCGCCUGCACUGUGACCCCACCUUUGAGCUGGAGGAGAUGAUUCUGGAGUCGAGGCCCCUGCACAAGAAGAAGAAGAGGCUUGCAAAGAACAAGUCGAGAGAUAACAGCAAAGACAGCUCCCAGUCUGAAAAUGACUAUCUUCAGGAAUGCCUUGAAGCUAUCCAGCAGGACUUUGUCAUCUUCAACAGAGAGAAACUAAAGAAGAGCCAAGAGCAGCCAAGUGAGUCUGUGUCUGCCUCUGAGACCACUGACGAAGCCGAGGCGGAGGCUGAGUCCGAGCCCUCCAACCUGCACAUGUGCAGCUCCGUGUGCUCCUCGGGCAGCAGUUAGGCUGGAGCCCUGGGCGAGGGUCUCCGCCCGCGCCGCUCACCUGCCUCAGGUGCGCUGAGCACCCGAGCCGACCCCGCUGCCACCCGAGAGCACCACAGCUCGUCCUGCAGAGCUGGAGACAGAGAGUUCAUACAGAACUGCCCUCCUGGGUUACGGAGCGCCAGCCCGGCACGUCGUGGGGGAAGACACUGCCUAUGCAACUUGCCAAGGGGAGAUCAACUUCUUUACUUGUUUUAAUGUCAGGUUGCUGAAUGCACGUUUUUAAUGCAGUGAGUGGACAAGGAAAGAAGCUGCAUCCUUGGGUCCCACAGGGGAAGACACGGAGCAGGGAGGAAGGCUGAAGAGGUGGUUCGAGUUUGACUUUUCCCUGUUCCCUGUUCACAAAGGUUGCAUGGGGACAAGCAAUCCCUGUGCAAACUGUAGCAGCCCUGAGGCCUCUCCAGUCUGUGGUGGGUGGCACCAGCUCCUGGGAGCCUCCAGCUGUUUGAGUCCUGCAGCAUGAGGACGUCCCAGGCACCUCCUUGUCCUUGCGUCACCUGUCAGUUCCUUUCCUGACUCCGGGCAAAUAAAUGUUUUUUGUGCACUCCAUGGAUUCUUCAGGGACUGGGUAAAGUGUAAUGGGUUCAAUGUGUAUUUGAGAUGCAGAAUGUAUUUAAAAUAUUUACUUUCUCCACGUGGCUGCUGCAGGCAGCGGAGAGCCCUGGGAUGGACUGGAGGGUCUGACUUUGUCUGCCUGGGUUUGGAGGACACAGUUUAUCACAGGCUCAGGUUUAGCUGGAGGCAGAAUGAGUGGCCUUGCAAGGCUGCUCAGUUAUGAAAGACAGGAAUAUCUUAUUGCACCCUUCAAUUUACUUUAUUUUCGGUGUAAAAUACAGGUACUGUAUAUAAUUUACCAAUACCUGUCUUAACUGUGUAAUAAGAUGGGAGGUCUCCUUCCCCCGCUCCAGCUCUGGAUGUUGCCUUUCUUGUUUUAGGAGCCUUCAUAUACUGUUUAAUCUGCUAUAGAGUGGCUUUUGGUUACUGUUGCUAAAACUGAGCCCUGCAGCUGUUGUGGCACCCAGGGGUGUGGUGGGACCGCAGGCACCACCAAACCAUCAACAGCUCUUUGCUGCCAGACACUGGGAGGUUGCAGUGUUGGCAUCCUUACUGGAUAUUCCUAAUGCAAAAAUGGAUGGGAAAAGUUUUUAACAAACGUAGAUUCUUUCAGGACAACUUUUGUUGCAGUUUUUGUUUCCACAAAUAAACCAGAAAGGUGUUAAAUGGUACGAAACCAUCUGAUAUGAGCAGUGACACGGCCGUGCAUCUUCCACAGUUUUAUGUGGGAAUUACUGCGUGGUUAAAAUUGUGCAGAAGCACAUUUUUGGGGCAGUCUUUAAAGGUGUGCAGGAGGAGGGGAGCCGGAGCACUGGGUCCAUUUGCAUAGUUAUUUUCAGGACAGAGCAAGGCAGGUGCUGUCAGACCUGGGGGGAUGAACAUCCCACCCUUGCCAUGCCUGGUGAGGGACCAGGGUCACACUGGGAGGCCCUUGUGUCACCCACGGGUCCCUGCACACCCUGUGCCUCGUUUAGGAGCUGUGUUAAUGACAGCUCAGGAGGGCUGGGCUGUUCAGUGAGCUAGGGCUGAAAUAAAUGUGUUCUCCUGCUCCUUUUCCCAGCUGUAGGAGGGCACCUACCCCCGUUCUGAUCCUGGGCUGUGCUGACUGGACCUACCCUUUCCACCCCCAGUAACUUCCAGUCUGUUUACUGGAUACCAGGGUGGCCUAAUUACCUUCUCCUGCCCAUCAGAGCACACCUGUGUGUGCAGGUAGGCCGUGUGCUCUGGCCCAUUCUGUGCUGAGCAGCCCCUGCUCUCCUUGUGGGGAGCCUGUUCCUCUCCCUGUGUCUCUCUGCACACACCUCAUGUCCUCCAUCCCACAUCCCUCAGCGGGAGUACCCAGCCCUAUCCCAGUGCAGCAGAUGAGGAUUAAACCAUGUAUUUAUUCAGAGGUUAUGAAUUACAGAUGAUUAACUCUACUGGCAUGGAUAGUUUCAGUGAAUUCCAUUGCACUAUUUAGCAACUUUCUGUAAAUAACAACAAAAGUUUGGACUAUCAGAAUGAUGAGAAGAGUCACUGAUUUUUUGACCAAAACAUCCUGUAUGUGAGAGGUGCAGAUAGAUCCUAUUCAACCAGAAGCUCUCAGGCCAGGAGAGCUGUUGGCAGUUACAUGACAUGUCUAAUUGAUAUUUGCAUUACUUUCCUUAGGACAAGGGACAAGGGGCCCUGAGGUAGGGUUGAUGUGUGUGGAGAGGAGCUGACUCACUUCUGAAAUAGAGGCUUCUCAGCCCAAACCCUCUCUGUGUCAGUCAUCUGCUCCCUUUGCAGCACAUCUCAGCAGCACUUGGCAGAAACUGGGAGAGCUUCUUGGGAAAAGCUAGGGAACAGCUCCUUCCCAGGGAAACAUUCCGGGCAGAUCCUGUCUGCCCAGGAAACACCCCUGCAAUCCAGCAGUGCCUCCCCAGGAAUGUGCUGGGGAUGCACUGCUUCUGCCUCAGUCAUUGCUGAACCUGAAUCCCCAAGAACAGUACCAGGACACAGAGCUCUGGGAUCAUUGUGCCGAUUGGGAGAGACACCAUGAACAUGUCCCUGAAGUGCUCAGUGGUGGUCCAAAGUGAUGCUUGGACAUAACCUUACCAGAGCCCGUCGGGGCCAGGUUCCAUUGAUGCCUGUUUCUGCCCAGUCCCUGAAGGAGAAAUGGUAAGGAAAGAGCAAUUAGAAAAGGGAAAAGUGAUGGGAAACAGAUCAGUGUUUGCUUCAUUGUCAGAACCCCCGUGCUGGGUUUCAGUGCUCAGACCCUCCCGUCCCUGCUCUGGGCCCCUGUUGUGUUGUGUCCCCAUCGCUGUGUCCCAGUAACGAGCUGGUGCUGAUUGAGCCAAGUGUGGUCCUGCUGGCCCCACAUCUUUGUGACUCCUUCCAGGGUGUCCCAUGUCCAGCUCAUGCCCUCCACAAUGGAUUCCUGGGGAUGUGCUGGGGUUUCCCACCAUUGCUGGUGCCAGUGCCACUGUUGCUGUUGGUGUUGGAUGAGCCCUGGCUGAUGCUGGAUGUUGAGCAAACCUCGCAGUGAAGUUGUGACAUAGCCCUGGUCCCAAAUCCCAGCCUGGAAGGCAUCACUAGCAGCUCUGGGUUACACCUCCACUACAACCAGAACACAGGAGUUUUCUGGAUAUAAAUAUUUAAAUACCUGUAUUUUUUGUAUGACAGAUUUAUACAGCGUGUGCCAUUAUCCGCUGUGAAACGUCUACAGCACCUAUAAAUUAUUCUCCUUUAAUCACUUGCCAUGAGAUUGUUUUCUUAUCUCUGUUGUGUUACAAAGUUUUGCAAAGUUGCAUAUUUUUAAGUGUUUCCAUUGAAUUCCACGGCCUUCACUGGGAAUUUGAGCAGAAGACAAAUGUCAGGUCAGGUCCUGAUGUUUCUUCUGUUGCCAAUUCUUUAUUACUCUAGAGCUUGCCAAAAAGAGACUAAGAGUAAUAAAAUAAUAGCAAAAAUGCCAAUAAUAUAGACUUGACCCUGGACAGUGCUGAAAUCCUGUUGCCUUGGUAGGGUAUUUUUUUAAAAUUAUCGCAGUGCAUAUAUAUGUAAAUAUAUCUUUGUAUUUUAUGUUAAUACAUUCCUGUAAUUUUCUUGCAUGACAAUUUUACCACGUCAUGGAACAUUUAAGUUACAACAAGUUUGUGUUUUUGCAGAUACUGCCGGAAGCCAUUGCACAUGUGGAGUAAUAAACGUGUAUUUUUAACAUUGCCAA